AUGCAAUCUAUUUCUUUGCCGGAACAGCAUACAGAACAAAUGAGAGCUUUAACUCAGCAAUAUAUUCAAAACUUCGAUCAAUUUAUGGAUGUAACUAUUUCUUUACCAUCUUAGGAAUCAUACCAUCAAGUCAAUGAAGCCAUUGAUUUCCCUAAUUAGAAAGCUAAUGUCUCAAGAGCAAAAAUGGCAUCUCAAACAGUGAGAUGAAUUGAUUGUGUUUAACUGCUCUUUUCGAAGUAUCAAAAUUAUAAACAAGGUCUCGAGCAAAUUAAAAUGAA